AUGGAUGUGAAAAGUGCCUUUUUAAAUGGUUAUAUUAAUGAGCUUGUCUAUGUUGAGCAACCCCCCGGUUUUGAAGACCCUAGGUACCCCAAGCAUGUCUACCGGUUGUCCAAGGCUCUCUAUGGUCUCAAGCAAGCUCCUAGAGCUUGGUAUGAGAGGCUUUGGGAUUUUCUCAUUGAGAAGGGCUUCAAGAUUGGGAAAGUUGACACAACACUCUUCACCAAGAAAAUGAAUGGGGAAAUCUUCAUUUGCCAAGUCUAUGUUGAUGAUAUUAUCUUUGGCUCUACUAAUGAAGAUUUUUGCAAGGAAUUUGGUGAUUUGAUGUCCAAGGAGUUUGAGAUGUCCAUGAUUGGCGAGCUAUCCUUCUUCCUAGGAUUUCAAGUCAAGCAAAUGAAGGAAGGAGUCUUUAUCUCACAAGAGAAGUACACUCAAGAUCUUCUCAAGAGAUUCAAGAUGAUGGAUUGCAAGCCAAUCAAGACUCCCAUGGCAUCAAAUGGGCAUCUCGACUUGGAUGAGGGAGGUAAUCCUAUUGACAAGACUCUCUAUCGCUCCAUGAUAGGAAGUCUACUCUACCUCACCGCAUCUAGGCCCGAUAUAAUGUUUAGUGUGUGUAUGUGUGCAAGAUAUCAAGCAAUGCCUAUGGAAUCUCACUUGAUUGCGGUCAAGAGAAUUCUUAGGUAUCUAAAAUACACACCUUGCCUAGGCUUGUGGUAUCCCAAAGGUGCAAAAUUCCAACUUGUAGGCUAUUCCGAUUCGGAUUAUGCCGGGUGCCGGAUUGAUAGAAAAAGCACAUCCGGAGGGUGCCACUUCCUAGGUAGAUCUCUUGUCUCUUGGAUGUCAAAGAAACAAAAUUGUGUUGCUUUGUCAACGGCCGAGGCGGAAUACAUAGCCGCCGGUGCUUGCUGUGCACAAAUACUCUACAUGAAACAAACUUUGCUAGACUAUGGAGUAGUACUAGACAAAGUACCUUUGUUGUGUGACAACGAAAGUGCCGUAAAACUUGCAAACAACCCGGUUCAACACACCCGCACAAAACAUAUUGAC